AUGAGUGAGUCAAAGUCCAAGAGAAACUCGUUUUUCUUCUUUUCGAGCAGUACCAAAGCUAGUGGUAAUAAACCCGAGUUGAAAACUGCGAACGUGAAGCACAUCGGCAAGUAUCCCCUCAAACUCUCAUCGAAUAAAGAACCUUCAGAACCGGCUCUUGACUGGCGCGAACAUUCAGGAAGUGGCAGCCGACAAUCCACACCUCGAGCUGGUUCAAGUGAUAGGAAUGAAGCUUCUGACUUGCCUGUUACAAAUGCUACCAACAUAAAAAGGACGCGGCCACCCCCUCCUCAAGACUUUUCGUUGACAUUCCCCGAUGUGGAGCCGAAACUUGUUCAAACGGCAUCUAGCGUGGUGCAGCCAUCCUUAAGUCUACAAAAUAAGGGUCAUGAGCGUAAGAAAUCCGAAAUCGACGAAUUGAUGGAUCAUUUGGACCAUUAUGACCAGGACAAUAGGCAGCAAUUUAACGACGGUACGUCUUCCCAGCGGUCAUCUUCAAGUGGAGAUUUUAGAACUCCUAGUCUUGACUUACCUGACCAAACUGACAGGGACACUGAGAUCAACAACCCUGAUAUAAGGUCAUUGAAUUUAUCUCAGUCCAAACUAAGUUUACUUUCACACAAGGACCAAACUGGUGAGGCUAUGAUUUCUCCUCCGCAGCAAACCGGGCCUUUCGAGAAGUUGGCUGAUCAUGAUGAAGAUCAAUUUUCUUAUGCGCAGUCGCAAGGGGAUUCUAUUCAGGACUCUCGAGGAUUUUCAAGGGUGGCCAAUCAGGUAGCGAGGAGAUCAUCAGGAUUUACUAAUAAUGCAUUUGAUGACCAACCGUAUCAUGCAGCAGAUGACUUGUUUGACAUGAAUGCCCCAGAAGACGUCUCUCUUUUUGACAGUCAGUCUCUUCUGGACAACCCACGGCAGUUCAGGGUUGUUAAUGAGCAUAGGCCUCACUUCAUUCUCAAUGAUGAAAGUAGCACAACGGACACCGAUAGUUUUCUCUUCCCACCGAGAGACGCAGUGGUCCUAAGUAAUCAACAGAAUGACCUUAAGCUUCAAACACCCGUUAGUACCAAUUUUCCAGUAGCGCCCUCCCCAACGGUUCAAGAACUUGACUACCAUCAGAAAGACCUUGCUUCCAGCUCAGGUUCGGCGGCCAACGAUACUACGAGCUCCAAGAGUGGACUUGCCUCUGACUAUACGCUGAUGCAUGCUUAUAACGACCCUCAAAAUGUGGCAGCAGCAUCUGCUGCUCCCCGUGGACAGGGGACUGAUAGGUCAGUGAGGCUUGUAUCGAGUUACGUAGAAGAGCUGCGUCUCAAGUACUUUCCCACUUCUAACUCUCUUCAACCACCCCCGGAUUUGCCAUUUGCAUUGAAAACUAAAAACACUCUCGAGCAGCCACAGAACAUCAAGGUAAGGAUACGCACAAGCUCUAAACAAAUUGGGAUCAAACAUGGGAAAGCGAAACAGAAGCUCUUGUCUUUAGAGACGGCGAAGGAGGAGAACGAGUCAGUAAACUCACCGACUACUACUCUGGGGAGGGGAAAAUCGGUUUCAACUCAGGUGGAUCAUACUCGCGAAUUCCAUGACCUACUUAACAAAAGCCCGUCUGGCGCGGACCUUUUUGGCGCUGAUAAUGCUAACUCAAACAAGCACAUCGAGCUCGAUGAUGAGUUCGUAAAUGAAGAGGACGAUGGCGAUUUGUAUUUGCAACAUAUUCCAGGUGACGAGGCUUAUGACAAUGAUGACGUUAUGGCGCCACUGCGUGAAGUCAGUGAUCAUGAUACUACUCUGCGUUUUGCGGACAAUCCGGUAGGGGGCCUUGGUGUAGGGACAGGGGAAAAGGGCCGCCUUGGCAGAAGCGAUACUGUGACAAGCUACUAUACGCGUAAGAAUCAAAACCGUGCUCGUAGUGGGACUUUGGAUGUAGACUAUAGCUACAGGACCGUGGGCGUGAGUCAGAAUGAAGAUCCAUCCGCUACAACAUUUUCAGACGAUAAUUCUUCGGUACAGACUCCUAAUCCUUUAUACUACCAAUCUACGUUUGGUGGAGGAUUACGCGUGACAAAUCAAGACCCAGCAUCGGACUCGUAA